AUGUCACUUGCCAAGAGAUUUGUUUCCAGGUAAGUGUAAUAUUACUUAAUAUUAAACAUCUGGAUUACCGAUACAAUAAGUUAGGGGGACUUAUGGGUAAUAUAGAAUUGUCUUGAAGAAAAGAACGGUAAGAAAACAGCUGGCAGACCUCGUUAUAACCCUGAAAACGAUACUAAACCUCUUAUUACCCCCUCGUUUAUAUGCACAGGGAAGUGAUAAGGGCAUCCGGGACAUAAAUCUUAAAGAUUGACGCCCCAUGGAAAGAAUGGAGAACCCGUGUUCGACAAAAAAACGUGCAAAAAUGGGGACACAUAGGUUGGAGAUCAGGGACAAGUGAGAUUAAGACAUGGAAGAUGAGACCUGGACAUGCAAACUCUCGUCUAAAAACAAACUUUUCCACAAUUUCUGGCCAUGUUUUCGUUUUAUGACCUUUUUUGGCCUUCAAAUUGUGUGUAGCACACUUAGAACAGACAUAAAAUUAGUCUGCCUGGCCAUGUUUUUCCAAUGUGUUAGCAGUUGUCGGAUGUUUAUGAUUUAAUUUUUCUUUUUCCUGUUUUUGCUUUCGAGAGUUCCCGGAAAAGAAGAAGACGGGCCGGGACCUAAUUUUAGCAGUUGGAAGGAUAAUCUCACUGGAAAACAAAAUGAAAUUACAGUGAAAACGUGACAAUGAAAGGGAGUGGAAUUACCAUUAAGGAGAUGCCCGUAGAUCGAAGCAGUCCCCAUAAACAAGAAAACAUUACUUUUAUGACCUCUUUAUGGCCUUAUGAAAUGUUUUCAGAACGGUCUUGGCCAAGGUUUAUGCAAAUGACAAAUGUGCCCGCAGGCUUUACAGUCACUCGCCAGUCCUUCCCGAGAAACCGUAUGGUCCAUCUGAUGGCUCCAUUUGGUGCAAAGCUACGCGACCUAAGCCUCCAGAGUUCCUCAAGGGUAUCGUUCAUUAUGAGAUUGCCGUUGAACAUGACAUUGAACAUAUUGUCGACUUCUGGCGCGAAAAUAUUGGUGAUCAAUCACCUCUUCUUCAAUCGAUUGGUAGGUCAUCCUCUUCUGGGUUAUAGCCGAUUGAAGAGUUUUGUAAUCUGAAACGUCUUUUAGGUGCCAAACCAGAGGAUAUGUUGGACUUGGCGAAUCAGAUUGUGAACAGAUCGGUCAAGGAACACUGCUCUCUUCUGGGGUUUGUUGGCGAUGAACUUGUCGGUUUCUCGAUGCACUCAAUUCGGAAAAUGGAACCUUCAAACGGCCAACCAAUCUCCCAUCCGGACAUCCUCCCCACCAAAGAUUACUCUCCAGGUACGCUAAACUCAAUCACAGUGUAAUAUAAUACUACAGAAAUUGAUGCGGCCCUUUAUGAAAAUCGAGCGGCCAAGAAAAUGUGGGUAUUCUGGCACACAUUGAGCUCGGAUCUGGAGAGAUUGUUGCCCAAUGCAAAGAAGAUCAUGUUCGUUGAAAUGGGUGGAGUCGCUCCCGAAUAUCAGCAGUAAGUUUUUCAUUCUUACUUGUUCUUGUUUGUCUGGCCCUUUAAAUUACAAUCAUUUGUAGACGGGGGAUUUACACCGACAUGGCUCAGAUGACAAUUCGCUUGGCCAAGGAAAAGUUCAACUGUGAUCAUGUUCUUGUCGUCGCUGACUCCAAACCUUCUCAGAAGAUGUAUGAGCAAAAAUUGGAGUUCAAAUUGCUUCGGGAGCUCAAGUUGGAUCAUUAUUUUGACGGCCCUAAUCCCGCCUUCCCGUAUGAAAAGAACGAGAUCUUCAGCGGAAAACUUUUGGGCAAGGCCAUCGAUUAA